AUGACGAAGACUAUAAAAGCGACUAAGAUUCGGAAUGUUUAUAUUGUCAAUACCUUUAUAAAGUAUAUGUCAAAAUAUUAAUCUCAACGUCAGAAUGUAAUUUAGUUCACAAUGAUGUUAUUUUAAAAUGUCAGAUUAAGUAGCUUUGCUGAUUAUUUUCCGAUUGAUCUGCUCAUCUCUAGAAUAAGACAUGCAUACAAAAUACUGAUUUUUUUCUCAUUCUUUGCAGCUGUGAUGCUGAUCCUGCAGCUCUGGCAAAAUAUGUUGUUGCGUUAAUUAGAAAGGAUAAACCGUUGGGAGAAUUAGAAGAAAUUUGUAUCGAUCAACUUGAAGUAUUCUUGGGUGGCGGUAGGUUUUGUUUAUAAAUUUAUCUAAUACUUAGCAAUAGGCUGAUGCGAUAUUUUCGAUAAAUAUUGAUAUUUCAAAAAUAUCGAUAUAUUCGAUGUUCCAUUUUUCGCACAUCGAAAAUAUCAAAAGUUUUAACCAGACAACUUAAUUUCGUUUUUUUGGCCAUUAUUGUCCGGUAAAGUUUAGAAAACAUGUGUAUGAAAACAACGUUUGAAAACAAUUAGCCAUUCCGAAGUUGAUGAGAGGACUGGAGACGCGUUAUGUUCGUUGGGUCGUACAGUAAAUGUAGUAGUACUGUAUAAUAGACGUUUGACUGGGACCAAAGAAUGGACUGUCCGCUAACGAUAGAUAUCUGCUUCAAAGUGGUGUAUGUAAGGAGACAUUCCACUGUAUCAGCUGGUCUGUGACAUAACAAGUCCCUGGAAGAAAUUGAUCAUUUGAUGCAUUAAUCGUAUGUUUUCUUUAUUUUAGAGACAGUAUUGUUUGUGAAGACAUUGUUUGAAGUACUUCAAAAUAAUUCGUAUAUCCCAGCCCCACCAAAACCCACGACUCCCCUUCCAGCUGAACCUCCUAAACAAAUUAGUCCACCCACCAAAGUAAGCAACCCGCCCAAAGUAAAUAACCCACCUAAAGUAAGCAACCCACCCAAAGUAAGUAACCCACCGAAAAUAUAUGACCCACCCAAAAUAAAUAACCCACCCAAAGUAAGUAACCCGCCCAAACAGAUUAGCCCUCCGAAACCAAGUAACCCGCCUAAACAAAGUAGUGUUUCACCAAAACAAAGCAGCACCCCAAAGCCAACCAUCGGUCCAACUACACCAACUACACCAAAAGCAAGUGUUUCUCCCCAACAGCCAAACGCUCCUUUAUCCCCAAGGCCUGUACACAAGAGAUUGCUCAGUACAGAUGAAAGUUUUAGACCUCAAGCUGCAGAGGUAAGUACUGCACUGUACAUUUGAUUGUACUAUUGGAUUAAUAAUUACAUAGAUAUAGUGUAUUCUACAAACAUUUCUUACAAACAUGUCAAAAUGUGUACCAUAUGUCGCUAUUGGAGAGAAUCAAUAGUACCAGUAUACCGGUGUAUUUUCAAACACUAGUCUGGCCAUAUGAAUGAUUUAACAAGACGCCUGCUUAGGCGUUCACACUAGAGACCUUACGAUUUUAGGACGGCACCGCGACGGCAACGGCUACCAAUACAAUAGAUCAUUGAAAAGAAUUGAGUAAUUACAAUAUAUGAAUAAUUUAGACAUUGUCCUCGCUCUGUUUACAACGCCAAAUCACAGAUUUUCACGUGUUGAUACAACGGCUGCAUUCCAAGCCACAACAAGUGCAACUUCAAACUGGGUUUAGCAGAACUCUUCCCAACCAUAAAAUCCAUGUCAAGUUCUAAGACUGUAUUAAAUGCAUAUGAUUGAUAAUAUACGACGAACUGUAUUUACUACCAUUUAUUUGAAGGAGUUUGUUUUGGCCGUCGUGUUGCCGUCCUAAAAUCGUAAGGUCUCUACUGACCUGAAAAUGACGACAUACGUGCUAUGGUGCAAUAGACAAGGAAUACAAAUCGUGAAACGCAAAGCGUGAAAGGCUGAAAGUGUGGCGUGAUUCUGAGGAGAUGUUUUCGUAAUGUCCAAUGAAACACAAGUAUUACUCACAAAUGACAAACGUUAUCCAUAAAUGCACAUGGUCUCUGAGCAUGUGAUGCGUUAUAACGCAGACAACAUUAUGAACAUUGUUUACAUUCCGUGAGUCUGUAACUUAUAAAAUUCGAAAAACUCAGCGAUCCAGAUAUCGCAUUUCCAGAGACUUUGCACGGAAAAAAACACCAAGUCAACCUCCAAGAAAGUGCACUGUAGAAUAAAUCCAAAAUCCACAGAAAAAGGCGGUAAAAUUCGCUGACAAAUGAAGAAAUUGUUUGAGACUGAAGUAGUCACUCAUUGAAUAGCCACCAUCUUGAAAACUGAUUUGUAUAGUGAGACUGAGUCUGCGAUUCGCUAACGCAAACUCGAUUUCUCGACGACGAAAAACCCCAGGAAAAUACAAAAUUGGGGAUUUAAGAUUUUAUUGUUUAUUUGCAUUCUUUAACAAAUUACACUAUUCAAGGUAAUUCUUUAUAUCCCCCCCCCCCCUACUUUGAUCGUCUAUAAGCCAUUUGAUCCUCUGGCUUUGGCCUUACUCUGUAAAUUACCUGUAAUUUUUUUCUUCUGAAUAAAUAUUAACAUAUAAUAUAUAUUUACUUCAGUCCUCGGUGUUGGAUGAAGAUGAUCGUGAUUUCAAACGUACAAGAAAACCUGUAGAAGAAACUGAAGAAAAACCUAUCUUAAUAAUCAACCGUGAUUAUCACUCAUCCCACAAAGCAAAGAAAAGACGCAUUGAGCCAGACCACGAUAGUGGGACACGUAUUAAACUUUCGAAAGACGAUACCUCAGAGGAUGUAAAAACUGAAGAGAAAUUCAAAGUUAAAGAAGAAGAGAGUUCUCGAACGAAAGAUGAUGAAAGGAAGAAGGACGAAGACGUUUCAAAGAAGAAAGAUGAUGAACAAUCUGUUGAACAUGAUCGAUCUGAGAAGAAGAGAGAAAAUUCAUCAGGUAACUUAGAAUAUCGGCCAGAGAACCGUCUGACAUAUGGGUCGGACAUAUGUAUUGUUAUACCUGUAUGUCCGAUGACUUUGAGUUCAGUUUGACUUGGAAAUAAGUAUAUGAAUGCAGGCACAAUUUAAUAUCAGCACAAUUUGGAAAAGUCAUUUGAAUCUUGGCAAUGAAUUUCCGAACCCACAUUUUCAGUUGACUAUUUAAACAUUACUCCGAUUCUCCAUUUAACAUACUAUAGGGUGCAUUUUGAUUUACGUUUGACAAAUUUACAGUUAGGUCGGACACCAAUUCACUCGGGUCGGACAAACAAUAAACCUCAGUUUCAAUUAGGUCGGACAGAAUGUCCAGUGGUUUCCUCGCUGCGGCGGACAAUUUCACGAACGAUUCGGACGAUGUCCGUGACCGAUCGAUAUAUUUUAAGGCCUGCUUCCCGGAAUAUACAGGGAUUUAUACAAGCUCCUUUCUUGAAUUGAGUAUUGAAACUCACUCUCUCUCUCUCUCUCCAUAAUAAUAUUUUACACAAUAUGCUUCGAAGAAAUUGUGGCAAAUGUGAAUAAUUAACUGUAGAAGGAAGCGGGUACUUGACCGUUGUCUAUUCUUUAAAAUGCCAUUAAGAACUUUUUUAAAACGAUUAUAUUUUUGCUGUCUGAAUGGGGAAAAUGUUAUUUGUUAGCGACAAAAUGAACAAAUUUACUGGGUGGGGGGAUUUUGGUGGAGUGAUCUCCUGCUAAAACAAAAUGUUCUUCCGAAAAAACGGUAGUUGAUUAAAAUGCUUGUAUUAAAUAAUCCCUAGCUGGAUGUGUCCGCUUAACUAGGUGUCUGGAUAUUUAUAAAGAUUAUGACUAAUGUGACAAGCAUGAGCAACCUAUCUGGAUCUGAUUUACAACGCGAGCCGUAGUAAAUCAGAUAAAGAUCCCAAACGUAAAAUACAAACCCAUGUAGGUAGUCAGUUUAUGGUUCGUUUUGCCGAGAAAAUAGUCGUGGGUUUCCCCCGCGUACUCCGGUUUCCUCCCACAGGGAGUGUUGACGGGAAUGUUGUCAGGGUUGAUUAGGAUUUUCCCUAAAAAGUAACCCUUCCAUCGUAGUUGUGCUCCGUGAUGGCGAGUCAAAAGGUGGCUGCUAUAUGCGCCCUUAGAAAGAGUAAGACUUGCACUCGAUCACGUUUAGCUGUGUCUUUCGUAAGUCAGGUUAGCUCUCAGCAGCAAGUAAGGAUAAUAAGUACACCCCCUACCCCCUAGCAAGCGACAUUUUUGUCGACACGGACGUCACCCGAAAAUUGGUGUAACUAAUUUUGGCGGCUUUUCGCCUCAUAGCGUUCGUGUAAGGAAGCAAAUGUUUUGUCAUAUGUGUUGACGAUUACCACAAACCAGGCCUCGAAUUUCCCUGAACUCAAUCGACGGCAAUGGCGUUAAAAAUUGCCGUAGAACGUAACAGCUGUCUACGGCAAUUUUUGCAGUUUCCACGGCAUUUUUCUAGAAACAUGUCUACGUAUUUCUUUAGUGUUUUCUUUCGAAGAAAACUGAGACUAAAAUAGUGAUUUACGCAUGAUUUGAUCAACAUCUGAAUUCAAGUAUCAAAGUAGUAAUGCACAAUGAAUAGUAUAAAAAUUGCACCAUACGGCAAAAAAUUGCCGUCGUUGCCGCAAUGAUCCACGGCAUUUUGUUCUCCCUCUACGGCAAUUGCCGCGAUAAAAUUCGAGCCCUGCCACAAACUGACACAAACACAGUUUUUAACCCAGUCCUCCCUCGGCAAUCUGACGUCCGUGUUCACAAAAUCGUCGCUUGCUUAAGCUCACUAAUCAAUUUCAGUGUACAUUGGGCCAGAUAUAAUAAUUUAUUGAUUUAUACUGCGCAAUUAUCAAUCUUACAAUUUUCAAAUGCGCAUUUAUUUACAAAGAUUUAAAAAAUGACAGUAUAUCUAAAUAUGUUACAUAUAAGAUAUCCGUAAAGUUUAGCUUAACCGUUCCAGGACAGCUAUUCAAAAGCUUGACGGAAUAAAAAUGUCUUUAUAGACUGUUUAAAAAUAUCUAAGGAUGAGCAACUUUUAAUAUGAUAUGGCAAAGUGUUCCACAGUGCAUGCAGAAGCUGUUAUUCAAAAUGCUCUAUCGCCUAAAGUCUUUAGUGAUUUCCCUGACGGAACAGGGAAAUCACUGAAGACUUUUGGCGAUAUAUCAUUUUGUAUGGCAGCUCCUGCACUGUGGAAUACUUUGCCGUAUCAUAUUAGAAGUUGCUUAUCCUUAAAUAUUUUUAUACAGUCUAUUAAGACAUACAGUAUGUCUGUGUUUGCUUGAUAUGGAAGUGCGCUUAAGAGAGGCGUUCGUUAAUAGACAAAAUAUUUACAAUAACGUUUUCUGUCCUUCGAAGUACUUUAAUUAUACUCGUUAUUUUGUAUGCUUGACGUUUUGAUGUGUUUUUAGUAAGAUAUUGGGCAUAAUACCAAGUUAAAUUUGAAACUCACCUGUUCCUGCAUUCUUAGAUCGAGAAGUUUCCCAACGUAGUUUCGAGAAUUCUAAAGUGAAAUACGGCAGAUUUGAUGACAACAGAUCAGUGAAAGGCAGACUAUACAAAGGCAGACCGUGGAUCAAAAGAGGCCGUUGUCGUGAUUAUGAUGGUAAGGAAAAUGUAACUAUGCAGGAAUAUGAAUAGCCUGUGUACAGACCACAGAUUAAGUAAGGACAGAUGUGUAACUUCAGUAAAAAAGUUGUCCCAUGGUCGCCAUCUUCCCAGCAAAUGUCACUGGCCUGAUAAUUUGUCAUUUGGUAAUACUGUACGUCAUUGCUUUCAAAAAUGCUUUUAACACCUUUUCUACAACUCUAAUUACUUUAAUUGCUUUUAAACGUACAACAAAUGAUGCUCAUGAUUGUUCAAUUCAUAAAUUCCGAUCCAAAAAAGCCGCAAUAAAGUGCAAAAGUUCGUGUUUUUUCAGGACGCCGUUUUGCUAUCAAGUGCAUGUCAUGGCGUGAGCAUGACGUGUACAUCUAGGGAAAUUUUAGGACACGAAGUCCUAUUAAGUUACGCAUCUGGUAUAUACUUAAUCUGUGGUACAGACUGAAAAUUCGUGCUUGUCGACCCCCAGCUGCGCUACCCUGGGUAGUUGAUUCUGAUUGGCCAUAGUUAAAUUCAGUAGAUUCUGAUUGGCUGAGUUCAAACGUCAACAAACUUCUGACUUUUCUGGCUAACGUAAACAAAUCACAUCACGAUCAGGAAUUGCCGUUAUUUUCAACUCGUUGUUGCAUUUCAUUUGUUCAAUAGGCAAUUCCAGUUUUUAAUUUAUGCGCGCGGGGGGUGACAGGAAGUAAGGUAUCGUGUUGCUGAUUAUGCUGUAAAAUUUCAAUAAAAACUGCCGAAACAACCGAAAUAUUUCAAUAUUUACAAAUAGAAGCUAUCACUCCGUGUUUACACGGCCGCCAUUUUUAUUUUUUCCAGCAUAAUCAGCAAUAGUGACUAUGUUCCCAUUCCCCCUGCACGCAUAAACUAAAAGCUGGAAUUGCCUGUUAGAUAUUAUAUUAAUCUGCACAAUACUGUUUCGAUUUUGAAAAUCAAAGUCCAACGGUCGUUGAUAUUUAUGUCAAGCCAAUCAGAAUCUAUUAAAUUCAGUUGUGACCAAUCAGAAUCAACUACCCAGAUCUGGAUAGCGCUGCUGGGGGUCGUCAAGCAAUGCCAUAAAUUUCCACAGUCUGUAUUACAGCAAAAAAGAGGGUAGGAUAAUGAACAAGCAGGGCUCGAAAUAGCGGGCUGCCAAUGGCCAAAAGCAGGCCAUAUUUUAAAAAUGGCAGGCAAAAACAAAUUUGAACUGCCAAAGUAAAAAACAAAAAGGGAAGGUGAAAUUCUAUAGAUAUAUUUAAUUUCAUAUGCUUACCACAACUCAUAUAUACUAGAUCAUUUAGUUGACUAAAUACGUUUAUAUUUGAAAUGUAUAAAUCCACGUUUACUGUAUAGUAAAAUAGACAAGUUUAAAAUAAAUGCAUGUCAUGAAAACAUUGAUUUUUUAUCAUGUGACUCAUUGCACUCAUAUGAGACGUCGCCAUUUUGGCAGUUCAAUGAAUAAAAUUUAUUUCACCUGCCAAAACAUUUUAGACUGGCAGGCCAUAUUUUUUCUCCAUUUCGAGCCCUGUGAACAACUGAUGAAUUUCCCACGUACAUGCAUGUACAUCAUUGAAAUUGAGAACACUUAAUUGUUACAAUAACAGGAGUAUUGACUAUAAAUGCUUCUAUAAUUGUUUUAGCAACCAUCAAAGGUUCUGUAUUAUAAAAUAUCACCCCAUGCUAUAUUUGUGUAGAGAAAGGAUUUUGCAUGAGAGGAGAACUCUGUCCUUAUGAUCAUGGCAAUGACCCUCUUGUGGUUGAAGAUGUCAACAUUCCAGGAAUUGUGCUUGGUUUUCCACGUGCGCCACAUCCCGCUGCGUUUAUGGAAGCAGCAGCAUUAAAUCCUGCAGGUCGGUCUAAGAUCAUUUUCUUUUGCAUGGUCAGGGAUAUUUAGUAGCAAUAAAAGGAUUGCAAAAAUGAUAACAAUUUCCGCACGUAAUACAAACAUAUACAAAAUUUGCAAACUUUGCAAGACUAUAUUUUCAUGCAAGCUUUUCAACAUUUCGCAACCAAAUUUUCCAAUUUUACUAAUUUCAUUAUGUUCAUUUUAGUUGUGGUAUUUUAUUCCAUUCUCUUUACUUAGAUUAAAAUUUAGUCUAACAUGCAAGUUAUCCAUUGCGUGUAAAGCAUUAUCCAACCUCACGAGUAUGUAUAUGCUAAUUGUGGUUAUUAUUACUACUCGUAGGUUUAAUCCGAGCGCCAAUGCCACCGAUUCAAUAUCCUGUCCGUCCUUCAGCACACGUGACUGCCAACGUUCACGUUCCAACAUCAGAUCGUCCAGAUGCUGGUGGACCUCGCACGACUAAUGAUGAACGUCGUCCUGCUAUCGUUCCACCACCAAUCGCUAAUGUGAGACCUCACAUUGGAAUGACACGCUAUAAAGGUACCGAACGCAUGUGUUCAACAGAAAGCU